CAAUUCGGUUCUCAAAACUUGUCUUUCGCACAAUUUAUUAAUGUAAUAUUGAACCUUCGUUUUCUAUAUUGCAUUUAUUUUGAUUUUGAUAAUCAAUAAAAAAAGUUCUAAUUCUUCUCUUAAGGAAUCAAGUAGCAAUUUGCGCUCUCAAUUUAUUAAUCCAUAAAUUAACUUUGUGGGCAGAUUAGUUACGAACUUGUUAACAAUGGGCAGUGACAGUGGCGGAUCCAGAAUUUUAUUAUAAGAAUCCAGAUUGUAAGUUCUUUCAGUGGAUUGACAAAGGUUUAGAUGGCUACGCACAUACGGUGGUCACUAACUUGAAGAUGGAGGUGACUCAUUUGCAAAACGAACGUAAUGCAGUUCUUCUACAAGCUGGUGAAGUCAGAGCUCAUUUGGCAGCUAAGGUGUUGGAGAAUAGUUCACUGAAGGGAGAAGUUGAUGCCCUAAAAGAGAUUGUUGACAUGUACAAACAUGAGAACCAAAUUCUGAAGGAAGAAAUGGGGCUGGAAAUGAUGGAGGUGGAGACAUUGAAGGAGAGGAUUGAGGAAGUGCAGUUGCACCAUGCACAAGCUAAGAAAAUCAAAACAAAGCUGACCUAUGGAUUGUAUGGAUGUGGGGUAGUUACUGCUGGGGCAGUUCUUUAUGCAUUAUAUCGCUAGGCCUUGAUCUUUAAGCUGGGGCAGUUCUAGUUUCAUUUUGGUAGCUAAUGUAUUGUAUUUUGUGAAACUGCUCUUAUUUUGCUAGGAUUUGUAAGACUGUUGAUGUUCUCUUUUUGCUAACAUUUGUAAGAAUAUUGAUGUCAUUGCAAUGGUAAUCUUAUUCUAGUGUUAA